CUUCAGCAGGACUUGGAGUGUCCGUCCCCAGGUCACCCGGCAGCAGAUGGGUCAGACACGGUGCAGCCGACGGAGUCUUCCUGCCCUAUGGACAGCUGUGGACAGCCGCUGGGAGACGAUGCCCCCAAGAAAGCGGGCGUCCCACACAUCAGACCACGGGAGGCUGCGCCAGAGCCCAGUGCGGGCGACCUCGAAGGCGACUCCCAGGAAGCAGUGCUCCUAGUGCCCUUGAUCCCUGCAGAGGAAGACACGGCCAGCCCCCUUUUGCCAUCCGCACCAGGACCGAAAACACCCAAAGAAGGAGGCGAAGCUGUGGAGACCCAGCCAGCACCGGGGCCUCUUCUUCCACCAGUAAGUGGGGCCGGAGUGGGCAGGGAGACGUGGUGUGUGUGUUGGGGAUCCAGGGGAGAAGGGGGGCAGAGACAGACAUGGGAUGGCUUGGGCGUCCACCUGGGAGGGCGGGAACAGGAGCCACGUGGGGCCGUGCGCUGCGCCCGGGGCGUGCCUAGCGAUCUGAGUGGGGUCAAGGGAGCAGGACACUCUGGAGUCUUGGGUUCCUCCCCAGUUCUGGGACGUUGCACAGCAGCACGGGUUGCUCCCACCCACUGGCCCCCAGCUAGAGCCUUGCUCCCAUCUCAACAGGACGGUUCCCCUCAGCACACGACCCGGGUCAGUGUCUGCAAGACCCACACCCGCUCCGCCCCGUCCCCUGCAGCCCGGCCUCCCCGCUUUGCUUGUUGGCCCAGCCUUUUGCCCCAGAGCAACGACAGGAGCCUGAGCUACACCAAGGCACGGCAGGAGCUGGAGGAGCGCAACCUCCUCAAGCUGUACCAGAGCUGCGAGGAGUGGUCGGAGGAGCACCUCACCCAGAAGCAGGAGGAAGCCUUCCGCAGCUACUUUGAGAUCUUCAACGGCCCUGGCGAGGUGGACGCGCAGAGCCUCAAGAACAUGCUGCUCCUGGUGGGCUUCUCCCUGACGCCGGCCCAGGUGGAGGACGUCCUGAUGAGCGCCGACGUGGACGGAGACGGUCAUGUGGACUUCAAAGACUUCUUGGCUGUGAUGACAGACAGCAAACGCUUCUUCUGCUCUGUGGAACAGAAUGCCCUGGCGAACAUGGCUCCCCCGAACCCCCACACUCUGCUCUUUGAGAUCCUGUCUCUGCUGGUGGAGAUGCUGGCCUUGCCCGAGGCAGCCUUAGAGGAGAUCACAAACUACUACCAGAAGAAGCUGAAGGACGGCACCUGCAAAGCGCGAGAGAUGGACUCAGCCAUUGGCCGGCUGCGGUCACGCAAGAAGCUGCCCUACAACCCCCAGCAGGCAGACAGCUUUGAAAUCUCAGAGCGGAAGGUCCUCAGGAUCCUGAGUAGGAUAAAGCAACAGAACUAUGCUGCCAACCUGCAGAGCCCCUAUGCCCAGGUGCCCUGCAUCCCGCUCUGUCCCCGGAUGGACAAGAAGAUGGUGCGGCGGAAGCAGGGCAACCACUAUGUGCUAGACCAGUGUGCUUCCAGCAGCCUGAGCCCAGACAUCCGCAGCCUCUUCUUCCCGUCAGGACCUCAAGGAAGCAGGGAACACAGCUCCGACAGUGGCAAGUGGCUUGGCUCUCUGCCAGCUCGAACCCACUAACCCUCUGGAGUCCUGAUGGAGCAGUUCAAGGCCUGCAGACAGAUGGGCCAUCAGGCAGGGGUGGCUACUGGAGUUGGCUUUUAUGGCCUGGUAAGCCAAUAAACACCAAGAACCUCAGCCUCUGUGCCUGGCGCCAGGGAAGGUCCCCAGACUUUCACCUCCCUCCCAGGCCCUCCCAGUCCCCUCAGGCUUGAGGCAAGGCUUGACUCAAGCCCUGCCCGGGGCUGGGGCUCCUGCUGCAGGUGCCCUGGUAUGUCGAGUCUUGGCCUCCGUGCACUCUUGAUGCACAGUGGGGCCCUCUUCAGACGAGUGUCUCCCCUUUGGACUGAGAGCCCCACAAAGGCAGUGGUGAAUGUAAGCCAAGUCCCUGGGAAAGUCACGGGCCUCGUGGAAGGGCGGGAAGUGGCCCCAGUCACCAUCUUCCUGACAGAACCCAUGGAUGCAGGGUCUCUUUCCCUGAAGUACUAAGAAAUGGAGCCUUUGUCCCCAGAUCCACAUACCACCAAGCCCCUUCCCUCACCUGAGACUCUCACUGGGACUGAGCAGAGGUAAUCCCCCUGGGUUCAACAAACAGCCACAUUAAGAAGGUAAGAGGCCAGGGGCUGAAAUGAGGACAAGGAUCUGACAAGUUUAAAACAUGUAUUUAAAAUACAAUUUAUAAAAUGCUUAAUCUGCCGACUCAGGAGCCCGCGGUGCGGGGUGGGGUGGGUGGGCAGCUCCCUCUACAUCAGCAGAGCAAGACUGCGGGGUGCGGCCCUCCCUCCCAAUCCCUUCUGUUCACACACCCAAGGGGCCCAUGUGCACCCCUGGGAUCGCACGACGGCGAAACAGGACCCCAGAGGUUUCUUUGAGUCUCUGCUUACCAGGGAGGCUGGGUGCAGCCCUGCCGGCCCAUCCCUGAGCAGAGCACCCCCAGAUGGGGCAGAGCAGGGUAUGGCUGGGCUGGGCAGGGCAGGGCUGGGCGGGGCAGGUGGGCUCUGGAAGGGGCUGAUGGUAGCAGAUAGGGUGUUGCCUCCUGCCUGCAGGUGGGGAGCACCCUGAUUGAGUGGGCUGAGAAGGGCUGGUCACCAGGCCGGGACCCCCAGCUCCUUUGGUUAUAGGCUGACAUCAGAGUAGUGGCUCAUGGGAAGCGGUUAGCUGGAAGGGCUGUGGCCUGGCUCAUGGGGUCUGGGAGGAGCUGGGGGAAGGGACAGUACCAUGAAGGCAGAUAAAGGGGCAGCAGCUUCAGGUUCCUGCCUCUCAUCCCCCUGGGGAUUUCCAAGCCAAAGCCUGCAACUUACUUAAAAACAGAA